AUGGGUGGUUGUGGCAGCAAGGGCGCGCAAACGCGGUCGCCGGGCUCCUCGGGAAUCAAGAUGACAAACGAACGCUCUGACGAGUCAGCCUCAGGUGGAAAGGUGAAGAUUAUUUUGGUUGGUGCCGGAGGUGUGGGCAAGACCUCCAUCCUGCUCCAGUUCUCAGAUGGUCUCUUUUCGGCUGACCGACCACCAACCAUUGGCGUUGACUUCAAAUCACAAGACAUCAAGGUGGGCACACCGCCAUUCGCCAAGACCGUAAAGCUCGAACUGGACACGGCUGGACAAGAACGAUUCCGGAGCGUCAUCAGUUCCUUCUUUCGCGACGCGGACGGGGUGCUGCUGGUGUUUGACUUGACCGAACCUCAGUCUUUAUCGUCUCUAGACUCUUGGCUCGUGGAGGUGCGCAAACACGCGUCGUCCACUGUCGAGGUGUUGAUGGUGGGCAACAAGAGCGACCUUGUGGAGAAGAGGAAGGUGUCAGACGAGGAGGCACAGGCCGCCGCUGAGGAGUUUGGCCUCAAAAUGCUGACCUGCUCAGCGCUUGACCGGCCGAGCGUGAUCCGAUGUCUGGGCACCCUUGCCACCGACAUUCUCGAUUCCAAAAGAAAGCGACGGACCUGA